AUGGCCGUUAGAUUCUCACUCGCGUCGCAAGGGCUCGUGUCAACGCGCGCCCCGCCAGUCAUCGUCACUGUUGACCCGUUUCCUCCUCGCUGCUCCGCAUGGCGCGAGCCAUUCCGUCCGCGCUCUGCGCGUUCCGCCCGUCCCACGUAUGCGGCCCUGCGGGGAUUGCGCGGAAUGCGCGGGGAUUGGCGGAACACGGGCGCAGACGAAGCGCCGUUUUUCUCCCGCUGCCGAGAGCGCUGCUUGAUUCCAGGCAACGGUGGUAACUGUGUUACUGUCGCACGGCGAACAGGCAAAUGGCGACGGCAGGCAGCCUUAGCGAAUAGCGAGGUUUCUUAUAAAGCAGAUGAAUCUGAACCGGAGAUCGCGGAGGAAGCGGAUUGCGUGGUAGUGGGCGCGGGGAUUUCGGGGCUGUCGGCGGCGUUCGCGCUGGCAACGCGGCAUGCGGACGCCGUGCCGCGCGUGCUUGUAACGGAGGCGCGGGAGCGCGUGGGCGGGAAUGUGACUACAAUGGUGGGGGCGGAGGGGACGGAGAGCGAGGGGUACGUGUGGGAGGAGGGGCCUCACAGCUUUCAACCCAGCGAUACCAUGCUGCAGUGCGCCCUCAACUGCGGCAUUCUCCCCGACCUUGUGCUGGGAGCGCCUGACGCACUCAACCUCGACUGCGGCAUUCUGUCUGACCUCGUGUUGGGAGCACCUGAUGCGCCGCGCUAUGUCUUCUGGGACGGCAAGCUGCGUCCCAUUCCCUCAGGCCCCGCCGAUCUGAUCUCCUCGGAUCUGCUGUCGCUGGGCGGCAAGCUGCGGGCGGCGCUGGGGUUCGUGGGGAUCAGAGCAGCCCAGGUGAGAACCGGACCAGCCCAGCGGGGUGGCAGCGAGGAGGAGAGUGUGUCGGAGUUUGUGACUCGCAACCUCGGCUCACAGCUGCUGCAACGCCUUGUCGAUCCCUUCUGCUCCUGCAUAUUCGCGGGGGAUGCGGAGCAGAUGAGCAUGCAGGCAGCGUUCAACCGCAUAUGGCGCAUGGAGGGAGAAGGGGGGUCGCUGCUGGGGGGGAUGAUUCAGCUGGGCAAAGAGAGGAAGGAGAAGGAGAAGGAGAAUCCAGCAGAGCCACGAGACCCCCGUCUCCCCGAGCCUCAGGGCCAGUCAGUGGGGUCAUUCCGCUCAGGGCUGGCCUCUCUCACGCGUGCCAUGGCUGACCGCUUGGGCAGUAGGAUGCGGGUGGGGUGGCGGCUGGUGGGCAUGCAGCAGCGACCAGGAGGGGGGGCUGUGCUGACGUACGACACGCCACGUGGCACCACACGAGUGGCCGCACGCUCCGUGCUGCUCACCGUGCCUGCUUACGUUGCUGCUGACGUCAUCAGGGCUUUCUCUCUUCACUCGCGCCCUCCUCGCUUCUACUUUCGCACUCUGCCGCAUUUCCAGUCGUCAAAAGUCCUACGGUGUGCCAUCACUCACAACAGCAGCAGCGCUGGCAACCAUACCCCCAUGGCAUCUGUGGCUCUUUCCUUCCCUGCUGCUUCCGUCAGGGAGGGAGGGGGCGGGGUGGGCAGGGGGGCUUCCCACAGCAGCAGCAGCGCUGUCCGCUCCGCCAUACCCUACCUGCCCAUGGCAUCUCCCUCAGCAGCAGCAGCGCUGGCAGCCAUACCCUACCCGCCCAUGGCAUCUGUUGCCCUCUCUUACCCCGCCGCUGCCAUCAGGGAGGGGGCGGGGCAAGCAGGGGGGCUGCGCGGGUAUGGGCAGCUGCACCCGCGCUCCCAGGGGCUGGCUACAUUAGGUGAGACGGGUGGAAGUGGAGUGAGAGGGAUGGGUGGGGCGGGGAGGGCAAGGGGGCUGAAGGGGUAUGGACAGCUGCACCCGCGCUCCCAGGGGCUGGCGACGCUAGCUGCACCCACGCUCUCAAGGGGAGAGGUGGGAGAGAGGUGGAGAAGGUUGGGGGAUGGAGAGAGUGUAUUAGGGGAAGUGGUGGGAGAGAGUGGGAGCGAGUGGGUGAGAGGGAACGGGGAUGAAAGCGGGGCUGGGGGGUAUGGGCAGCUGCACCCGCGCUCCCAGAGGCUUAGUGAUGCACCUCUAAGCACCGCGCACGCAUCGCACUCACCUGCUUCCCUCCAUCACUGCCCCUCCUCUCCCCUCUUCCCCACCCAGGCUGCAUCUUCAGUUCUGCCCUCUUCCCCAACAGGGCACCUGACGGCCGAGUGCUGCUCAUCUGCUACGUGGGGUUCUUGCCCCCCCCUCUUCCCCCCUUCCCCUAUUCCCCACCCAGGCUGCAUCUACAGUUCUGCCCUCUUCCCCAACAGAGCACCUGACGGCCGCGUGCUGCUCAUCUGCUACGUGGGCGGUGCAGGGAACGAUGCUGUCGCUGAAAUGACCCACACAGACCUCAUAGCAGCAGUGGAUCGGGACAUGCGCACCACACUCCUCCGUCCCUCCGCCCCUCCCCCUCUGGCGCUCGGAGUGCGAGUGUGGCCGUGUGCCGUUCCCCAGCUGAAUAUUGGGCACCUUGAAAGUAUAGAGGUGGCGAAGAGAGGGAUCGAAGAGGCAGGGAUGGAGGGGGUGUUUCUUGGAGGGAAUUAUUUGACGGGUGUUGCGCUGAGUUGUCUGAGCCAAGUGAGCCUAUCGGGUGAAGCCAAAUCGUCGCACGUCGCACAGAGGCACGUCGCCAGCCGUCGUGGCGCUCGCUGCGAUGCCGCGACGGCAGGGAGCGACGGGAAGCCGCGCGUGCGAUUCGCGCCGUCGCCGACGGGGAACCUGCACGUGGGCGGGGCUCGAACGGCGCUCUUCAACUGGCUCUUCGCGAGGGCAACGGGCGGCAAGUUCGUGCUGCGCGUGGAGGACACCGAUCUGAACCGCUCCACACCGGAGUCCGAGGCCGCCAUGGUGCGCGACCUGCGCUGGCUGGGGCUCGACUGGGAUGAGGGUCCCGAUGUGGGCGGUCCCCUGGGCCCAUACCGCCAGUCGGAGCGCAAUGAGAUCUACCGCGAGCUCACGGAGAAGCUGCUGGCCUCGGGCAUGGUGUACCGCUGCUUCUGCUCCGAUGAGGAGCUAGCAGCAAUGAAGGCGGAGCAGGAGGCGAAGAAGCUUCCUCCCAAGUACGCGGGCAAGUGGGCGCGCGCCAGCGAGGACGAGGUGGCUGCUGAGCUGGCAAAGGGCACGCCGCACUCGUUCCGGUUCCGAGUGCCGCCCAACAAGCUCAUUAAGAUAAACGACCUCGUCCGCGGGGAGGUGGCGUGGAACACGGAUACGCUGGGUGACUUUGUGGUGCUGCGGAGCAACGGGCAGCCGGUGUACAACUUCUGUGUCACUGUGGAUGACGCCACCAUGAAGAUCUCCCACGUCAUCAGAGCGGAGGAGCAUCUGCCCAACACUUUGCGUCAGGCGCUCAUCUACGAGGCGCUGGGUCUGCCCAUGCCCACGUUUGGACACGUGUCGCUCAUCCUCGCCCCUGACCGCUCCAAGCUCUCCAAGCGCCACGGCGCCACCUCCGUGGGGCAGUUCAAGGAGCUGGGGUUCCUACCAGAGGCGAUGGUGAACUACCUGGCGCUGCUGGGGUGGAACGACGGCACGGAGGACGAGAUCUUCACGCCCUCGCAGCUCGUGGAGAAGUUCUCUCUCUCGCGCGUCACCAAGUCGGCCGCCAUCUUCGAUAACGCCAAGCUGCGCUGGAUCAACGGCCAGCACUUCCGCCAGCUGUCCGAGGAAGCUUCCACGCAGCUGCUCGCCGAGCAGUGGCACGCCAGCGGCCUCCUGGCGUCAGCAGACGCUACCAGCCGCACCACGCAGGCAGCAGCAUCAUUGGUGCGCAACGGGCUGGAGCUGGUCACAGAUGCGGACGCAGCACUGGAGGCGCUGCUGGCAUUCCCUCUCAAGGAGACGCUCGCCAGCGAGGAGGCCAAGGCAGUGGUGGAGGACGGGCUGGACGACGUGAGGGCGGCGCUGCUGGCGGAGUGGGAGAGCGGAGCACUGCUGGCAGCGGUGGAUGGCGGCGCUGCGACGUGGAAGAAGUGGAUCAAGGGGUUCGGCAAGGCCACUGGCCGCAAGGGCAAGCGCCUCUUCAUGCCCAUCCGUGUGCUCCUCACAGGCUGCAUGCACGGGCCAGACGUGGGGGAGACGCUCACCAUGCUGCAGCACGCAGCAGCGGACAAGGCGCUGGGCCCCAAGGCGUACUGCGUGGGGCUGGAGGAGAGGAUCAGCCUCCUCAGAGAUGCGGACCUCACUGCUGCUCCUGCUGCUGCUGAGGCUGUGGCUGCGAGCGUGGCGCAAUGA